UCACUUCCGGAGAGCGGGGCCGUCCCGCCGCCAUCUUGGGCCGGCUCCGGGGGCUGCGGCGGCGGCGGCGGCGGAGUGGGUCCCUCCAUGGGAAGAUGCAGCGGGCGGGGGCGGAGGAGGCGGCGGGGGCGCAGGCGGCGGCGGGGGGGCCCGGGCGGAGCGGGGCCGAGGUGGCGGCGGCCCCCGCCGGGCGGCUCCUGAGGCGGGAGCUGCGGCUGCUCGAGUCCAUCUUCCACCGGGGCCACGAGCGGUUCCGCAUCGGCAGCGCCUGCCCCGACGAGAUCAGCUGCGAGUUCGUCCCGGGGGCCGGGGCCCGCGCCGGGGCCUCCGCCUCCCGGGGGCCGCCACCGGGGCCCGUCCGCAUCCACUGCAACAUCACGGAGUCUUACCCAGCUGUUCCUCCGAUAUGGUCUGUGGAGUCGGACGAUCCAAACCUGGCAGCUAUCCUGGAGAGGCUGGUGGAAGUCAGGAAAGGAAAUACGCUGCUUUUGCAGCACCUGAAGCGAAUAAUCUCCGACCUGUGCAAACUCUACAACCUCCCUCAACAUCCAGACGUUGAAAUGCUGGACCAGCCUCUGCCGGCGGAACAGAGCGUGCAGGAAGAGGUGUCCUCUGAAGAGGAAGAUGAAGAGAUGCCAGAGGACACCGAGGACUUGGACCACUAUGAGAUGAAAGAGGAAGAGCCGGCAGAUGGGAAGAAGACAGAGGAUGAAGGCAUUGGGAAGGAAAACCUCGCCAUUUUAGAGAAAAUAAAAAAGAACCAGAGGCAAGAUUACUUAAAUGGUGCAGUGUCUGGGUCUGUGCAGGCCACCGACCGGCUAAUGAAGGAGCUCAGGGAUAUUUACCGAUCACCAAGUUUCAAGGGUG